AUGAAUAAUUAUUCCACGAAUAACAUAGAAAAAAGUAAGAUAAAUAAGACAAAUAAAGUAAAUAAUAUUCAUAAAAGUCUAAGUGAAGAUAUAAAGAAGCAAAAUACAAAUAAUGGAAUAGUAGAACAUAAUAAAGGGAGUAGCAUAAAAAAUGAAAAAAUUAUGGAGCAUAAUAUUGUAGAUGAAGUAGUUAAACUGAAAACGGAAUUAAAAAAUGCUUUAAUAGAAAAUAGUGAAUUGAAAAAGAAAUAUAAUGAAGAUACUGAAAAGUUAAAUUUACUUUCUUUAAAAAAUGCUUCUCUUUUAAAUGAGUUAUUGGAUGAAAAAAACAAAAUUCAAAUUAAGUACAAUACUUAUAAAGAGGAAUCAUUGAAUGAUAUAAAAAGACUACAAGAAGAAUUGGAUAAAAAUGUGGUUAUGCUAAAUUGUUUAAAAGAUGAACUUCUGUUUAAGGAAGAGGAAUUAAAAAAGGCUGAAAUUAUUGAGAAGCUUUAUAAGCAAGAAACGGAAAUAAAUCAAGAAAAGGAAAUUAAAAUAAAAGCCUUAGAAAAGGUUAUAAAGGAAAGGAAGAAUAUAACCAUAAAUAGUAAUGGGACAAACAACAGUAAUGAAGCAAUUAAUGAUAAUUUUAAAGAGGAAGUACAAUUACUACAAAUAGAAUUAGAGAACAAGAAUGACGAAUUAAAGAUUUUAAAUAAAAAGUAUGAACAUAUAAAAAAAACGAACAAAGAUAUAGAAAAGAAAAUAUAUUUUUUAAAAGAAGAAGUGGAUUAUUAUAAAAAUAAUGAAAACAGUUUUAUAAUGCAAAAUAUUUUUAAUGCAGAAAAUAAUCUAGAUGAAUCUUUAUGUAAAAAGCACCUUAUGAAAAUGUCUAUUUUGUACAAUGUAUUAUAUAAAAUAGUUGUAUAUGACCAUAAAAGCUUGCUCGAAAGAGAUAAGCUCAUUUAUUCUUUAGAAAAGGAAAAUACACAUUUUUUAAAAAAAUUCGUUGCAGAUGAAAUGUACACGCUUUACCUAAAAGAUUGUAUUAGUAAAAUUAAUUUGACCUAUCAAAUAGAUUUACAUAAACAAGAAAAAAAGUUCAUAUUACUAAAUGCGGAGUAUGAUGAUCUUUACAAUAAAUUUUUACAUGAAAAGAAUGAAAAUUGUUUACUAAAUGAAAAAUACGAUAAAAUUAUUUUUAGUCAAAAAAAAGAAAUACAUAAUUUAAAAAGUCAUAUAUCUAUUCAGAAUAAAGAUAAAGAAAUAUUAACAAAAUACAUUGACAAUUAUAUCACAUAUAUAGAAAAUUCUUACGAAAAGUAUUGCACACUAAGUAACGAAUAUAUAAAUUUAGAGCAACUGGUAAAAGAUCUUGAAGAAAAAAAUGCAAAUUUAGUGGUCCUUGUCAGUCAGAUAAAUAAGGAUUAUAAUGAGGACUGUGCUAACGAUAAUACUACUAUAAACGCGAGUGAAACAAAUGGGAGUAGUACUAACACAAUAGGUAAAAGAAAUACUAUAACGUUAGAUGUUGACCACAUGAAAUUAAUUAAAAACGAUAUUAAAGAUAAAGAUAUUAAAAUUAUAGAAUUAGAAAGUAGAAAUUUAAAAUUAGUCAAAACUAUUGAUAAGUUAAAUGAAGAACUAUUCAAUAAUAAGAAAGGUGAGCACACAGAUGGUGAAUCAAAAAAAAUUAAAGACUUAUGUUUUGAUCUGAAAGAUAUUUGUUCUAACCUAGAAAUAGAAAUUAAAGAAAAGAAUUACAUAAUAGAUGAACUAACGGAAAAGUUAAAUCAAUCAGAAAAAAAAAAUAAGGAUAACCAAGUAAUAUUAGAAUUAUCUGAAUUCAGGAUUCAAAAUUUUAAUGAUAAUAUAAAAUAUUACCAACAAAAGGUAAAUGAAUUAAGCGAACAAUUACAAAAGAAGGAAGCUGAAAUAGCUAUUUUUCAUGAAUACAACGAGAGGUUAAAAGAAGAGAAGGUUAAAAUGGAAUAUGAAAAUAUAAAAAUUAUGGAAAAAUUGAACGAAUUGCAAAUAGAAAAUGAUCAUCUAACAAAAGGAACCGUAUUUCUGAACAGCGAAUUAAAUAAUAAUAACACGAAUAACUGCAGCAAUGUUAUCAGUAAUAAUGUUAUUAACCAUAAUAUAAGUGAUAAGGGGGAGUUACUUCCUAAUAAAGGGGGUCUCGUUGUGGAUGACCUGUUAUAUGUAAAUGAAAAAUCAUCUAUACAAAAUGAAGAUAGAAACGAAAGAACCCCUGAAUAUGAAAAUACAAGAGAACAAGAUAACCGAUAUAAUGGAAUUUUCAAAUUUAUGCAAUCUAAAAAAAAUGCUUCUGAAGAAAAGAGUGAUUUGAUGUUCAGAAUAGAUAAAUUGACUGAUGAAAAUAUACUGUUAAUUAAGGAAAAUGAAGAAAUAUUUGAUAAAUUACAGAUGAUAACAAAUGAAAAUGUCAGAAUUAAGAAUGAAUUAAUGUAUGCGAAAUCGGAUGCAGAGAAGUCUUUGUUUUGUUUAGAAUAUGAAAAAAAAGAAAAAUUAAAAUAUAAAUUAUUAUUAAGACAAAAAAAAAGAAAAGGAAAAGAACUCAAAAGAACAUUCAACAAAAUAAUGUGUACAGUAAAAGAUUUAGUUAUAAAUAUAAAAAGAAUUGAUAGGGAAAAUAAGAAAAAUGAUAUUAAUAAUUCGUUUUUUAUUUCUUCUUCCUCUGAAAAUAAUUCAAAAGAAGAUUUAUUGUCAGACAGUGGAAAGACAAACACACAAUUAAUGGUGUCCUCUGUUGCUAAGUCGAGGAAAAGCCAUAACAACACAAGUAUAGAUGGAAAGAAUAGUUUUAAUAGUAGAUCAACAAAAGUAUUCAAAUCAUUAGAAAAGGAGGAACAUUUAAAACGUAGUUCUAGUGAAAAUUAUAGAAUUACCAAAAAGGAAAAGAAAAUGAAGAUGAAAAUUGUGUACAUGAAAAUAAAAAUGCACAGAUUUUCCAUAAAUAGUCAUUUCAAAAUAAACGUGAAAAAAUACAAAAAGGCAUACAGACAGUUGAGUGGAACUCUGUCUUAUUUAAAUGAGAAAGAAAAUGUAAACUUAAUUGUAUUAACAGAUCAGGAAAGAAAUGUAAAAGGUUUGGAAACGUUUUAUUCUAUACCUAACAGUACGGAUUCAAGAGUAAUAAUACAGGAAAAUCAGAAGGAAAAAAAAGAAAAAAUAAGUGACUUUUCCAUGUUUCAAUCUGGAAAGAUGAUAAAUAAUCUUAAUUAUAUAAAAAGAAAAUACGAAUCAAAAAUAAAAGAAACAUUAAUGAUGCAAAGGAAACUAAUAGAUAAUGAGAAGGAAUUAAAUUGUACUAAUAUGAAAUAUGAGAAUUUGCUAAAUGAACACGAUUCGUUAAUUACCGAGAUAAGGGAAAGAACAGAGAAAUUAGGAAGUAUUGAAAAGAGUUAUAAUUUAUUGUUUGAAAAAUAUAGUGAAACACAAGAUGAAAUAAAAAUGCAUGAACAGAAAACGCAAGAUAUAUUUAAUGAAUGUAAUGAGCUGGUAGAAUAUAUGAAGAAAAAAGAAAAUAAAAUAAAAGAAUUUGAUGAACAUUUAAAGAAAAUGGAAUUUAAAUAUAAUGAAGAAAGAGAGAAAAAUGAUAUUUUAACUAAGGACAAUAUCGCAUUAGAUAAUUUAAAUUUAAAAUAUAAGGAAGACAUUGAUCUUUAUAAGAAAAAAUUCGAAAGUAUACAAACUGAGCUAAAAUUAAGAUUAUCCAAAAUUGAAGAAUUAGAAUUGAUUCAGAAAAAUACAGAAAAUGAAAUGUUUUAUUUAAAAUCAGCUACGUAUAAAUAUGAAACUAAUUUAAAAGAAGCCCAUGAUGAUUUAAAUAAUAUGAGUGAGGUGACUACCAAAUUGCAGAAAGAAUUACGUGAUAAGCAGAUUAACGCAGAUAUGCUGAAAGAUCAAAUUUUAAAUAGAGACUACUUCUUGUACAAUAUAAACGAAUUGUAUAAAAAGAAAGAAUAUUUUUAUAAAAAUUUAAAACAAAGGGUUCAGGGGUUUAACAAAAUGUUUAUAGAAUUAUGUGAAAGUUUUGAAAUGAAUGAGAUUAAAAAAUUUAAUGAGUUGUAUGAAACAUUUGAAUUUAAUGAUUCUGAUUACAAGAAAAAUAUUCUACACUUUCAACUAAAUGAAAAAGACAAGUUUUCAGAAACGGUAGAGGAUAUUGUAAAAACGGUAGAUGCAUUAAGUGAGUUUAAUUUAAAAUUUGAAGAAGAAAGAAACGAAAUGGUAGCUAGAAUUAAUGAGUUAGAAAAUAAAUUAAAAGUUAAAAUGAAUGAAUAUAAUCAGCUCUACGAACAAUACGAAAAUAAUAUCAAAAAUAUUCUAACUGAAAGAGAUGAAAGAGUAGAAGAUUGCUUAACUCUUUCAGAGGAUGUAAAGAAAAAGAAUAAUGAAAUUAAUAUACUAAUGAAACAAUUAGAUGAAAAAAAUCUAGAAUUUAAUGAAAUACAAAUGAAAUGUAAUUUUUUGAGUAACGAAUUGAAAAAUGUGGAAAAUUCGAAAAUUCAUCUGAAAGAAAGAUUAACAGAAAUUGAAAAUGAUCAAGAAAAACAAAUUGACUUUUUAGCAAAAGAAAAUGAUUGUUUAAAAGAGGAUAUAUACAAUAUAAAAAACGUCAUGCAUAAUUUGGAUGAAGAAAUAAUUAAAUUGAAGAAAACCAUUGAUAUUCUUAAGCAGGAAAAAUAUACAUACGAAAAUGAAAUGGAAAAAUUAAGAGAAAUUCUAGAGGAGGAAAAAAGAUUUAAUGAUAUAUUAAAAGAAAAUGAAAAAAAUUUUAUAAACGAAAUAAAGGAAGCACAUCAAUAUGCUAUUAAAAAGGAGGAAGAAAUUAAUACUUUGAAAUUGAAUUAUCAAUUAGAGCAAAAUAAAUACAUAGACGAAAUUGAUAAUUUGAAAAUAAAAAAUAAAGAAAUUCAAAAUUCUGUGAAAAAUCAAUUAAAAAUGGUAUCCGAUUUAGAAUUGCAAAUGUUAGAAUAUAAAGUGUUGUUAGAUAAAAAUACUAGCAUGAAAAUUUUAGUUCAAGAAUUAGAAGGUAAAAUUGAUGAGUUAAUAAAAGAUAAUGAAAAAUUAUGUAUUGAUUUAAAAAAAGAAAAGCUUGUUAAUGAAGAAAAGGAAAAAAAUAUACUAGCAUUAAACGAAGAUAUUAAAUUGCGCGAAACCAAAAUUCUUGAACACGAUUCCAUGUUGUUAAAACUUAAGGAUGAAAAAGAGCAAUUAAAUCAGGAAAUUUUCAUCUUAAAUGAUAUUAAAAAAAAUAAAGAUAAUAUAAUAGAAGAAUUAGAAAACAAUUUGAGAAAAGCUGUUUUUGGUGAUAUUAAAAUUAACGAAAUGGAAAAGACGCAAUUAGAAUACAAAAUAUUUACCGAAGAGGACUUAGGAAUAAAAGCCAAUGAGGAUGUAGAUUUGGAUGACCUAAUCAGUUCAGGCAUGUGCAUUUUUAAUAACAACAACAGAGGAAGUAGCAAAUUUGUUAGCAACAAUAUUAGUAAUAACAAUAAUUAUAACAGUAAUGUAAACAAUGUGAACGGAAUCGUAGAAUUAAAAAAAUAUAGUCUAUUUUUGAAGGAGGAGAACGAUGCAAUUAAACAAGAGCUAAGAAAAUUAAAAGACAAAUCAUCCAUAGAUAACAGAAGAUAUGUAGAAAUGGAAAGAAUAAUAGAAAGGAGAGAUGAUAUUAUCAGAAAGAUGAAUAAUGAAAUUAUUGCGUAUAAUGAAAAAAUUAAAAGUCUUGAAAAAGACACAAAUCAACUUAGUUCAGAAUUGUAUGCAGUAAAUGAAUUACUUGCACUUAGAAGUGAUGAAUGCAAAGAAUUAUCCAUCGAAUUAUAUGAAUUGACGGAUGUUAAAAAUAAGUUAAUGGUUAAAAAUGAAAUUCUUGAAAAACAAAUAGAUUUCUUUAAACAUGAAGUUGAAGAGAAAUCUGAGUUGUUAAAUGAUUUAGAUAUGAAAAAGACGGAAAACAAAAAUAAGGAGUAUGAAAAAAGCGUUAUAAUUAAUGAAUAUAACAGGACCUUAAAUGUUUAUUAUAAAAUAUGCUCCCACAUCAUUUACUACAAAAAGUACUUAGAAAAGGAACUAAACGCAAAGGAUAAAUACAACAAUGAUAGGAAGGAGGUGCAUAUGCAGGAGGAUGCGCGGACAGACAUAAAAAUGAACAUUGACAAGGAAAACGAGACUGAUGAUGAGGAGAACGGAAUGCUUAUCCGUUCUCUAAACCUGAGCAGUCUUCACAGUUCGAUGAACAGCGAUAUAGGUAAUAUAAAACCAAAUGACACCAAUGAAAUUUUCAAUUAUAUAAAUGAUUUUCUUAAAUGUAUAAGGCAACUAAUAUUUAAAAAAAGGGUAUUUGAAUCCAAGUUAGAAAACGCUGAAAAGAAAUAUAAUGAUUUUAAGGAAAAAUUAAAAGAAGACAAGGAUCUAAUAAAUGAUUUGAAAAAAAAACUAAGGGAAAAUGAGGAACGCAAUAAUGCAAGCAGUUCAAAUAGGAAUAAAAAUGAGGAGUAUAACAAAUAUAAUGUGGAAAAUUUUGAAGACUACAAUUCUGAAGGCAGCAUUUUCGACAGUAACAGCAUUUCUGUGAAUUAUAAAGAACUAAGUAGAGAUAUCCGAAGUUGUAGUCAUAAAAAUGAUACGAUAGAAAGAAAACAUUUAUUAAUUUUAAAAUAUGAAAAUGAAAAGUUAAUACAAGAAAAUAAAUAUCUAAACGAACAAGUAAAUAACUUAAUGAAUAUGGAAAAUUGCGUAAACGAAUUGAAGAAAAAGAAUGAGCUUUUCGAAAAGGGCAAUGCAACACACAAUGAAUAUGGAUUUGUAGCUGAAAAUAAAUAUCUUAAAUUUCAAAUAGACGCAAUAUCGAACGAAUUAAAUAUAUAUAGAAAUAAAAAUGAAUAUUUAAAAAAGAAAACUGUAAAUUAUGAAGACAUAAUUGAUAGCUUACAAAAAGAAAUAAUUACUAUUAUUGAUAAACAAAAGGAAUGUGAUGAAGAAUUCUAUAAAAUAGAAAAACAAUUAGAAAAAAAAAAUGAACACAUAGAAUACUUAAUGAACAAGAGAAAAGAAGAUGAAGAACGUGUGGAAACAGAAUAUGCGAAGUGCUUAAAAUUGGAAAACGAAUUUUUAGCCUUAACUGAUGAUAUAUUUAAAAAAGAGUCUAAGAUAAAUGAAUAUGAAGAAAUAAUAAAAAAAUUAAACGACGACAUAAAGGAACAUAUUAUCGAAAAAGAAGAACUGCAAACAUAUGCGCAAAAUUUAAAAAACAAAUAUGGUGCUUUUGAAAAUAAGUAUAAUGAUUUGUACGACAUUUUUGAAAAGGAGAAGCAAGGAAAAUCAGAAUUGGAAAAGAAGGAAGAGAGUGCACUAAUUACAAAAUUAAAAAAUUAUGAUGAUAUUAUAACGGAUAUUUUAAAUGAAAAGGAAACGUUAUUAAAUAAAUAUGAUGAAUUGAAAAGAGUGCAUGAUGAGAAAUUAAAAGUUGAAUCUUCACUACAUAAAGAAAUAAGUGAUCUUCGAAAGAAUAAUCAGAAAUUAAGUGAAAAGAAUAAAUCCUUAAUUGAAGAUGUAAACAAUCUGGUUAAGGAAAAUGAAGAAUACAACAUAAAAUUAGUAGAUUUGGAUAAAGAAAAAUUUGAUCUAUAUAUGAAAUAUUUAAAAUUGUCUGAAGAAUUUAAUAACCUUCCAUCCUCAUCCCUAUAUGAGAAUAUUAAGGCGAAGAAGCAAGCUAGCGAUGAUUAUUUGACUGAGUCGUGUCAAUUAAGGGAGAAGGAAAUAAAGGAAAGGGAAAAUUUUCUAGAAAUGAGGCAUAUUAGUUUAUGUGAUUAUAAUGAUGAUCGUAGGAAAGACAUUGAACAGUUACAUUAUUUUGAUGAAAAGGAUGGAGAAGAAGAAAAAAAAAAAAUAAAUAAAAUAAAAAAUUAUACUACUACUGCUACUAAUAAUAGUAAUAAUAAUAAUUGUGAUAAUAAGCAUAAUAAAGCAGCAAAAAUAAAGGAUAACAACAGUGAGAAAAGCAUUAUUUUGAAUAAUUUAAAAAACGAAAUGAACGAUUUAAGAAUUGAAAAUGAUUUACUUAAAGCAAAAAUUAGUGAAUUAGAAUACCUGAACGCAAAUGUUUUCAAUGAUAAUAAAGAGUUAAUCAAAAUAAUAUCAUCUUUGCAAAAGGACAACUCCAGAAGUAAAAGCAAGACGGACGAAGGUAGUCCUUGUGAUAAAAUGCUAGAAAUAGAAAAUUCUCCCAAUAAGCAGGAAUUAAUUAAUAUGAACAAAUUAGAAAAAGAAAAAAACGAAAACUUAAAAUUAGAAAUUUAUAAUCUUAAAAAUAAAAUUGAUGAAUAUAAUAUUAUUCUGAACAAACGUUCUCAUUUUGAAGAGUGCAAUAAGAGAGCAAAAAAUUAUUUGUACUACUUGAACGACAGGAUUAAAGGUUUCAUAGACAUAUUUAGUGAAAAUAAUUUUAACUAUGCAUAUUUUAAAUCGGAACUGAGAAAAAUAAAGUCAAACAAUUUAAUGGUUAUUCAUGACAAUUUUGCGAAUUCUGAUCAUCUGGGAAGUUUCACCAAUUUUGAUAAUUAUAAGAAUACGCCUAGUAACUACUCAGCGGAUGAUGAUACUAGUAGUAGUGUGAGUUCGAAGAUAAUCGUAAAUUUCUUCACAGCGUACGGUGAUAAAAAUAAUGAGAAUGACAUUAUUAUUAGUAGGAUAGAAUUAAGAAAAUUUUAUAAAUACAUUAUAAAGUUAAAGGAAGAUUAUAGUAAAAAAUGCUUAUUAGCAGUUAAUCAAAAGAAUAUGAUUGAGGAAUUAAAUAAAGAAAUAUUUAAUUAUUCAAAACAGAAUAAGAAUUAUCAAGAAGAAGAGAUAAAACUAAAAACAAAAAUAAAUGAAAUAUUAAAUGAAAACUCAGCCAAUGUUGAAAAGUUCCAAAGGAUUCAUGAAAAAUUGUUAAAAGAACUUGAGCAGGAGAUUAGUAAAAACAGCAGUCUGUUAGAAGAAUUAAAUAUUAAGAAUGAGCAACAUAGAAUGUAUGAAGAGAACGAAGCAAGAAUAGAAAAGUUGCUUAACUGUAGAGACACGGAUGACAGUGGCAUACUGAAGAGUAGAGAAGGGAGAAAUAUAAGAAGUAACCCGAGGGGUAGCAGUAGUAAUAGGAAUGAUAGUAAUAAUAUUAAUAGUAAUCAACAUAAUAAUAGUAAUAAUUCUAAUUUGAAUAAAAUUUGUACCUUAUUAGACGAACACAAGGAAGUAAGGCAAAAAAAUUCCAAGUUGCUGUUGGAGAGUAACAAUUUGAUAUCUGAGAAUGAUACACUAAAAGGUGUUAUAGCAAAGAUGGACACUGAAAUAACCAGUUUAAAAAAUGAAUUAAAUGAAAAAAUAGCUAUAAUUAAUAAUAAAGAACACGAAAAUGAACAAUCAUUAUUACACAAUAUUAACAAAUUAGAGAAGGAUGAAACAGUUAACAAGAGAAUUAGCUUUUCUCCAAAUGAUAAUGAUAUUAUUAGGGAAUAUGAGGAUAUCCUUUCAAUAAUUGAAAAAAAAAAUAGCGACUUAGAAAAUAAUUGUGAAAAAUUUUUAAAACAAAAUAAUGAACUAACAGAAAAGUAUAACAGUCUAUGGGAUGAAUACAACUCACUAAAAGAUUUCAUAAAAGAGAAGAAAAUAGAAUUAAAUUUGUUCGAUCUAAACUGUAGUAGUCGAAUAAAACAGAAUGAUGAUAUAAGUCGAAAGGAUUACAUGAAUAUAGAUGUAACAUCACAUAAUGCACAAAAUAGAAUAGGAAAGGAUGGGAACAUAAAUAAUAAACAUAAUAAUUUUCUCCUAUCACCAGAUGACUUAGUGAUACUGACUAAGCACAUAAAUUCUAUAGAAGUUUUAAAUAGAGAUUUACUAAAAAAUGACAGUCUCGAAACAUAUAUCAAAUUAAUCAGAAGAGAUAUUAAUAACAUUUUGAAGGAGGAGUAUAACAAUGAAGUUACUAAGUCGACAAACGAACUAAUUAAUAAACUAAAGCAAAAAGAAGAGGAGAUAAAGAAGUACGAAAUUGUGGUUAACAAUAUGAACAUGCACUUGAAUAAUAAAGAAGAAAUAGUUAAUAAUUUAAAAAAUAUAUAUGAAGAAGAAUUAAGAAGAAAAAAAGAUUUGAAAAAGAAAUUGAAUGAAUCUUUUGAAGAGACUAAAGCUACUAGCAAUGUGCAUGACUUGCAAAAUGAUGAAAUGAUUAUAAAAAUAAGGAACGGAUAUGAAGAACUACUAAACGAGUAUAAUAUAUCGAUAAAUACAUUAGAAGAAACUAAAGGGAAAUUGGAAAUUUUGAAAAAUGAAAAGGAUAAAAUAGAAAAAUUAAAAGAUAUAGAAAUUAAUGAUAAAGAACAUAUUAUUAAAAAGUUAGAGUUAGUAAAUAGUCAAUUAAAAGAAAAAGCAGAGAAUGUAAAAAAUACACUAAAUGAAGAAUUGCAAUUAAAAGAGGAUAUAAUUAGUGAGAAAUUGCAAGUAGUGGAGGAAUUAGGUAAAGAAGUACAUUUUCUGAAAAGUGAAAAAUCUAGUAAUACAAAAUAUAUCAGUGAAUUGGAACUACAAAUAGCUAAUCUAAAUAAUGAAAUAAAUACGUUAAAUAAUCUCUUAAAUGAUUCAAAGGAAGAAAAGAAUUUAAUAAAUAGUACAUUAGAGGAAAAAGAAAAUGAAAUUGUUAACCUGAGAAAUAAAAUAGAUAACUAUGUUGAUCUAUUAAACGAAAAGAAUAAAUAUGAAAAUGUAAUAGAUCAUGGUAUCAAAAGGAGUAGUACUACAUUUGAAAAGGAAAAAAGUAUAGUAAAAAAGAACGAAAUGGAUCACUAUGAAAACGAACUGGAUGAAUUAAAAAGAAAGAAUCAAAUACAAAGUGAUUUACAUUAUAAAAAAUUAAAUGAACUAAGAAUAGACUUAAAAAAUUCAUGUGCGAGUUAUAAUCAACUAAAAUUUGAUAGCGAGAAAAAAAUUGAAUAUUAUAAGGAAGAAGCUAAUAAUUUAAAAUAUUACAUAAAAGGAUUAGAAGAAGAAAAUGAAAAAAAAGAUAAAAAAUAUGCCCUAAUAGAAUUAGCUAUAAAAGAAAUGGACAAGGAAAUAAUCAUACUUAAAGCAGAUAUAAAAGACAAACUUUUGUAUAUAUCAGAUCUUGAGAAAAAUAUUGAUCAGAGGAAAAGAGAUAUGCAGCUUUUAGAAGAAGACAUUAUCAUUGUUCAACAUAUAAUUAUUACCUAUAUUGAAUCGGAUGGAACUAAUAUUGAUGAAUUCGUAAAAGAAUUAUAUGACAAAACGAAGACAAAAUAUUUGCUGUUUAUAAAGGAUAUUAUGAUAAAAGUGCAUCAGUACUAUAUCAAAGUAGAACUAAAGAAAAGGCACGAAAUGAAUAAUGACAAUCUGAUAAAGAUAAAAGAUGAAAUUUUUAACUUAGAAGAAAAAUUAAAUCAAAUGGUUAUAGAGAAAAACUUGUAUGAGAGGGAAGCACAGGAGAGGAAACAUGAAUUAGACAUAUUACAGGAUGAAAAGGAAUCAUAUACUAACGAACUGAAAAACUUAGUAAACCAGCUUGAUAAAAAAAGAGAAGAAAUAACAUAUAUAAAUGAUAAGUUAGAUGAAGUAGAUAUUAGAGAAAAAAAUGUAAAAUAUAAGGAAAAUGAAUUAUUAAUCAAGAAUGAAAAUUUUAUGAACAAGGAAAAUGAACUUAUGAAAAACAAAGAAGAUCUUAUCAGUAGAGAAAGUGAAUUCCUCAAAAAUAAAGAAGAUUUAAUAAGUAAAACAAACGAGUUAAUGAUGAAAAGGGAAGAAUUAAAUAAUGAAAGGAUCCAUGUGGAAGAGUUAAAAAACGAUCUAAUGAUUAAAUUCGAAAAGUUGUACAGCGCACAGAAUGAUAUAAAAAUUAAGGAAACCAAGCUAAAAAAAAUAUACGAAAAACUGAAAGAUCAUGACAUCAUAGAAUUGCUAGAUAUCAACAAUGGUGAUAAUAACAACAGCACUAGUGGAAAUAAUAAGGAUAGGGAUGUCUUGUUAAACAAAUCACCUAGUAACAACAUGAGCAACUCUGCCUCCUUAAGAAUAAUCGAAGAAUAUAACUAUAAUAUAGAAAAUGAAAAUGAUACCUUAAAUUUAGACUCACUUGAAUAUACCACAUAUUUUAUGGAAUUUAAAAGGAAAAUUAAAAAUUUGAAAAAUGAUUUAGUGAAUCGUGAAAAGGAUAUAGAAAUAUACAAGAAGACAUCAGAAAUUGAAAAAAAAGAAAAAGAAUUAUACAAAGUUGAGUUAGAAAAGUUAAAAGAGAUACUACAAUCAGAACAGAUGAGUAGAGGAAAAAUGGAGGAAGAACUGGAAGGACUCAAGGAGCUACUACACGCGGAUCAGAUGAGUAGAGGAAAAAUGGAUGAGAAAGUGGAAGGACUAAAGGAACUACUACACAUGGAACAGAUGAAUAAAGGAAAAAUGGAGGAAGAACUGGAAGGACUCAAGGAGAUACUACACUCCGAACAGAUGAAUAGAAGUAAAAUAGAAAAAGAACUAGAAAGAUACAAAAGUGAUGAUUCUCACAUUUUGAAAUCCCUCAGAAAAUCAGAAGAGCAAAUAAAUGAAAAAAACAAUCAAAUAUUAGAGUUACAACAAAAAUUAAUUGAAUCGGCGCAUGAAAUAAGCAUGAUAAAUAAUAGCAAGAAUGUACUGGAAGAAAAAAUAAAUGAUUAUGAAAAGAAAAUGGACCAUUUAAAUUGUGUAAUAACUAAUCUUGAAAAGGAAAUAAAAGACGUCAACAGGGAGAAGCUAAAUAUUACUAGAAAAUCUAUAGAAAAAAUUAUAGACGACGGGGAGGAUAUUAAAAAAUUAAAAGAGGACUUAGAUGACGCUCAUGAAUUAAUUCUAAAUCUAAAAAAAAAAAAUGAAGAUUUGUACAAUAUAAAUAUAGAAUUGCAAAAGGUAAAUAGUGACAUGAAAUCUGAUAUAGACAUCUUGUUAGCAAAUAUAGAGGAUGUAAAUGAAGAAAAGAAACUACAUGAAAAAAGGUUAAGAGAAGAUGAAGGAAAAUAUAAUGAACUUAAAAUAGUGUAUGAGUCAAAAGUAAUGGAAUGUGAGCAGAUUUAUAACAUGCUAUCUAAAAAGAUGAAAAGAAAAUUAGAGUUACAGAAGGAUAUACAAGAAGAUAAUAAUGUAAAUAUGCAAAGUAGGAACGAUUUGAGCAAUACCGUUAAUAGUGACAAUAUUGAAACGGGUACAAAUGAAGAUGAAAAGUAUAUGCAUGCAUUAAAUGAGAAAAAUAGGGUUAUAGAAGCGUUAAAGGAAAAAAUAGUUCAUAAUGAGGACGAGAUUAUAAAGAAGGAAGAACUUCUAAAUGAAUAUAAAUCUAUAAUUGAUCAUAUUUCAUCUAAAAUACAUAUAUUUGAAGAUAACCUACAAUUUUUGGUACAGUUAAACGAAUAUAUAAGUGAAAAUAAUUACACGUAUGAGAACAUAUUGCAUAUACUAAAUGAUUCACUCAUAUAUAAAAAAAUAAUAAAAAGAAUUCUUAUGGACAAUCCAUUCUUUAAACAAAUUAGUUUAAUAAAACAGCAUCUAGUAGAUGUAAUAAAAAAAAGUGCAUCUAACACGAAGGAGAACUUAAAAUUAAGUUUAAUAAAAAAGAAGGAUUCAGGUAAAAAGGAUAACAAUCAGAAUUCGAAUAAUGCGUUAUAUUUGAGUGAAAACGCACAUUCUUUUCAAAAAGAGAAUGAAGAAUUAGCUGAUAAUUUAGAUUAUGUAUUAAAGGUUAUAGAGGAAGAUUUCAACAAUUUUGAAAGUAUAUGCAUUGAAAUACAUAAUUUGUGUGAAAGAGAAGAACUGAGUACCGUAUAUAAAAAAUUAAAUAUUCUUGAGUAUAGCUAUAACAGUAUUAUAAAUAAUAUUAUAAACAAUGUUAUAAAUGAAAUUAAAAAGAUAAAUAACAUAUCAAAUAAGGAAAAAGGUGAAUUAAAAAAAAAUAUGAAAACUUUAAAAAAAAAAUUGAAUUCAUUGUCUAAUGAUUUUUUAAAAAAUAUAGAAGAAACGGAAAAGCUUAAUGAACUAUUAUCGAAAGAGACCAAACACAAUGAUAGGUUACUAGCAGAAAAAGAAGAACUAAGAAUACUGUACAAGAAAUUAAGUGAUGAAUAUAAUGAUAAGAUUGUAAUUAUACAAAAUAAUGAAUAUGAAUUAAAAAACAUGCAGGAUCAAUUAAUGGAAAAAAAUGAGAACACAACCAAGGCAGAGAAAAUGAACGAGUUUCUAAAAACGGAUCUCACUUAUUUAAAUACGUCUCUUGAUCAAGCAGCGCAAAAUUUAAAUGAAUUAAAUAAUGAAAAUAUAAAAAAUAAGAUUAUGUUAAAGGAGUUAACCGAGGAGAAUGUGUACCUUAAGAAUGAAGUUCAUGAUAAAAUGCAAAUUAUACAGAACCUUGAAAACAAUUUUGAAUCCAAAAAUCAGGUAAUAAACGAGUUAAAGGAGUUCAAUGAUGUAUUAAUUAAAAAAAUUGAGGAUAUGAACAAAGCGAACAUGAGCGAGGAAGAUGCGGAGGAAGGAUAUGGCGCAGUGGAAAAGGGAAGUAGCAAAAAAAAGAGGAAAGAAAAGAAAACAGGUAGAACGGGAAGGAGCAGAAGUAGAAGCAGAAGCAGAAGCAGGAGCAGAAGUAGAUGUAGAAGCAGAAGUAGGAGCAGAAAUAAAAACGGAGUUGGAAACAAUAGGGAUUAUAGCGGAAAUUAUGCAACGGGGUCAUGUGAAGAGAUAAAUAAAAAUGAGUUGAUGAUCAUAAUUAGCAAGUUAGAAAAUGACAACAACAUUCUGAAAGAAGAGUUAGAAAUUUUUAAAAACAAUUUUAAUAUAUUAAAAGAAAAGAAGCAGGAACUGGAGGAAAUAGUAAAUAGUAAUGACGUAGCACUUAAUAAGAGGGAAAUAGAGCUAAAUGAUGCUAUCAUAGAAAAGGAAAAGAUAAUGGAAAGAACGAAUAGAUAUAAAAUCAAGUGCAUUCAGAUCAUAGAUAUAUGUUUUAACAAAGACUUUAAUAUACUAGACAUACGGGAAAAAAUAGUGACCAUAUUUGAAAACGAAGAUGAAGAAAUAAUGGAUAUUAUAAACUGUCAUAGAAGCAUGUUGUAUAAUAAUAACAGUAAUAGAAGUACAAGUAGAAGUAGAAGUAACAGCUGUGGUAGUAAUAGAAAAACUCAUGACAACGAUAAUGACCAUCGUAAUAAGAAUCACAAUAAAAGGGACCAAGUCACAGAAGUACAAGGAGAAGUAGUUAACAUCGAACAGGAGAAGAUGAUGCACAUUGAAGAGAUGAGCAAAAAGAAUGAAGAAUUAAUUAAAAAAAAUGAAGAGAUAUGGAAUUUGAACAAAUAUAUAGAAGAGUUAAACAAAGAAAUAACAAAUAAGAAUUACAUUAUUAUCAAACAUCAACAAAAUAUUGAAGAUAAAAAUGAUAUGUUAGAAAAAAAUCAACAGUAUAUUAAAUUUUUAAAAGAUCAGAUAAAACUACUUUGCAAUAAUAUUGAUGAGAAUAAUUUAUUUGAUAUAAAUAAUGUGAACUUAUCUCCUACUCUUAGAAGUUUUAUUAAAAGAAAAAGCUUUCACGAUAGGUGUUCAUUUGUUGAUAUGAAUGAAAACAAUGAAAAUAAUGUUCCGGAAAAAGGACAAGAGGAUAUUUCUAAAAACAGUGAUUUUUUUGAACAGAGUAGAAGAAAAAGGUUCUCUGAAUAUACUAACCAAGAACCUUUUAAUUUUUAUGAUGAAAAUGAGGUGAAACUUGAAGAAAUGAAUUUAAAAAUGGAUGUAUUAAAUGAUAAGUUAAAAAGUGCAGAGAAAAAAAUAGAAACACUGAAAAAUGAAAAUACCGAUUUAGUAGAAAAGUGUGAAUUUUUAAAAGAUGAACUAAGAAAUAUUCAAGGUACUAAACGUAAUUUAAUGUUAUGUGAGAGCAGAUUAAAUAUAUUAGAAAAAGAAUUAGAAGAAAAACAGAAAAAAUUAGACGCACAAGAUAAAACAGUUAACGAAUGUGUUGAUAUGUAUGUAGAAGAAAAUUCAGAAAAUUUUAAUAAAAUAUUAGAAUUAAAAAAAGUAAAUGAAAAAUAUAAAAUGGAGAUUACCAUUUUGAAUGAUGAAAUAAGUAAAUUAAAAAAUGAGGUUAAUACAUAUAAGAAUGAUAUUAAAAAUAUAAGCUCAACUCUUGACUUUUAUAAAUCUACACAUGAUGAAUUAGUAAAUGAAUUCAGUAAAGAGGAAACAAAUAAUUUAUAUUAUAAAAAUUUAUGUGUACAUUUAAAAAAAGAAAAUGAAAAUUUUAAGGAAAUACUACAAACAGAAGAAGAAAAUAAAGAAGAGCUUAUAAAUACUAUAAAUGAAAUAAGAAAACAGUUAAAUGAUUCAAUCAAAGAGAAUUAUGAAAUAACAUUAGACUUGGAAUUUUUUCAAAUGCAAAAUAAAAUGUUAAAGGAUAGUUGUAAUUAUUAUAAAGAAAGAGAAAAUAUUUUAAUAAAUAAAAUUGACGUUGAUGAAAACGAAUAUAAUAAUUUACAAAGUAUCGAAAAUUACAAAGAUGAAAAUUUAAAAGCAUUUAUUAACAAUCUUAGAGAGGAAAUACAAAAUUUAAAUGAAGAAAUAAAUACAAAAACUAAAACUAUUGUAUCCUUAAAAUAUCAAAUAAAGGAAUAUAACUUUAAUCAAAUUGUUCAAAAAGAUAAAAGCUUACAACAUGAUAAUAUUGAAAAAAUAAUUAAUAUAAAUAAUAUGGCAUAUGUUCAAAGUACCUUGUUCAUUUAUAUUAAUUUAUUUAAAAGUGUUCUCUUUAUUAUAAGUGAAAUACUAUUUUUCACAGACCCAUCUAAUAGUUUGUAUUUUCAUAUUUUAACUCUAUUAAAAUUGAAGUCAACUGAUCAUGAUACGGACGUAGAACUAGACAGUAUGAUCACGAGUUUUCAUUUCUCAAAAAUAGAUUGCGAUAAUAUUUUCCAAUCAGUUCUUAAAUCAAAAAAUAUACUAAGGGAGAAAUUGCAGCUCUUACAGUUGAAAAUUUGUUAG